AUUAAGCAUUUUCUAAAUGGAUGAAUCGAUGUUUCUCAAAGGCAAGGAUUUGUUUUUACAAAAAGAUCAUAUUAAAAUAAAGGAAGAAUUAGAAAAUGAUGAUAGUCAAAGUGUCAAAAUAUUAGAAGUUGAAAUUUCUCAUGAUGCCUUUAGUUGUGGUGAAGUGUUCAUCGCCGAAAACCAAGAAGAAAAUUUUAUAUGGUGGAUCAAUUGCAACAUUUGCAAAGACAGAUUUGAUAGUUUCGAUUUGUUUUUAAAUCAUGCAACUAAUAUGCACUUAAAUAAGGAGAAAAUAAUAUAUAUUAAAACAGAGUCAAAAAGUGAUUACACUGACAAUGAUUUUAGAAAUGAAUGUCAUUCAGAAAAAAAUAAUGAUAUAGUAAAUAAAAGAGAUGAAGUUGAGGAAGAAAGUUACUCAGAAGAUAUUACUGAAAUUGGUGAUUUGUCGAAAGAAAGUGAAACUGAAGCAGGAGACGAAAAUGUAUCUAUUCUAGACAAUCAAAUAAAAGAACGAAAUAUGAAAUGCAGUAAAACGUUUGAAAAAUCCACAACAUUUCGAAGACGUUUAAAUGAGAACCUAAGAACGGAUGGCAAAGUUUACCAAUGUAAAGUAUGCCAUGAAACUUUUGGAAAUGAUCAGAAAAGGCAAUAUAGAAAUCAUAGAGACCGGGCACACAAGGAAAAAAUUCCAUGCUUAUUGUGUGACAAAACUUUUAGAUCAAAAUAUUACCUCGAUGCGCAUAUGAAAACCCAUUCUGGUGUAAAAGAAUUUUCAUGUAGUCAAUGUUCAGCAGCUUUUUACUCAAAAACAAGUUUAUCAGAACAUGUUAGGAAAACUCAUUUGACACCAAAAGUGGCUUGUCGGUUUUGUAAUAAGUUAUUUCGAGCGCAAGGAAUUCAAAUUCAUGAGCGGAUUCAUACGGGGGAAAAACCUUUUAUAUGUGAGCAAUGUGGUACAGCAUUUCAAAGGAAUAGUUUACUACAAAAUCAUAUAAAAAGGCAUAAUAAUGAUAGGCGUUAUGAAUGUGAUAUUUGUGGCAAAAAGUUUUAUAAUCAUACUUAUCUUAGGGAUCAUAAAAUAACACACACAGAUGCAAAGCCAUAUGAAUGUUUAACUUGCAAUGCCAAAUUUAAUAGCGGUCCGGCUCUGCGAAAGCACAAAAAUCUACAUUUAGGUAUAAAAAAAUAUCAUUGCAAAAUAUGUGGCAAAGCUUACGCACAAGGUUCGGGUUUAUAUGCUCAUAUGAAAUCUCACAAUUUAGCAGAAGAAAUUCAUAUGAAGUCUCACAAUAUAGUGGAAGAUGUUCAAAUUAAAUCUCAAGAUCUAAAUGUUUAAAUAGCUUUAAAAAAUGUAUUUGAUUUUUAUUGAUUGAAACAAAACUUUUUUUAUUAACUUAUUAAAUUUUUUAUUAAACCUUUAAAAAUUACUUUCAAAUGAGCUGCAGCGUCACUAAAUUAUAAAGAAAAUGUGUAAAAUAUUAGAUUAUUUUAAUUUUGAGCCCUUGGUCUUGUACUGUUAUAACAGGUUUCACUCAUCAAUACGGUACAAUUGGCUCUAUCACAAGUAUGUUGUGCCAGCUUGUAUU